AAUUCGGUUCAUUAGUUUCUAGUUAAUGUGCAUCAAUCUGUAUGCAAAUAAGAUCAAUUAUUUCUGCUUUUUCCUUAACGAAAUAAAACAUACCGAAUGUACUAGCGGGUCUCAACUGCGGAGCUCAGUCGCUCGCUGCCUGUCCAGCGAAGAGGACGAGAAGAGAGAGCUCGUGCGUAUCGACCACCGCCAUGAGGGUCCACUGCUUCCAGCUGUUCCUCUUGUUGGGCGGCUCCUGGCAACUCUGUGGGGCGUCGGACUACUUGUCCCGGAAAGCCGAGAGUGAAAAUGAAGCCGACUUUUACGAGGACGAAGUUGACAGUCGGGAGCUUGAUGAUUACGAUGACUAUGACCUCGAGGAAGGUGAGCCGGACUACUUCGAUGACGACGACGAAGGCGAAGAGCCGUUUGCUCGCUUCAGAAGAGCUGUGAGGUCUCAGCUGCGGGACCGCGUGUCCAAACGGCACGACAGAUUCAGAGCCCACGCAUGUAAAAACCGCGGAGGAAAGUGCUAUGGGAACCCGGAGGACUGUGACGGGAGAGUGAUCAACAAAUUCUGCUCGAAGAUGAAAGGCAUCUGUUGCAUCCCCCCUUGGAAUUUCCCAGAGUUUAAUUGUACUGGACGACAAAUAUACAUGACCGACGGCGAAGUCAUCGAAGACAGCGAAGGCAUCAUCAUCAGCGGUUACCCCGACAUUUACGACCGAAACAGCUACCACAAGAUGGUCCUCAACGCCCCAGAGGAUCACGUCGUUGAGAUCGAGUUUAAGGGCUUGGACUUGGAGUACGACAGCUUCUGCAACCACGACUACCUUCGCGUCGUCGACACCUACACUAACCAGGGUCUCGGGUGGUUUAACGAGCCACGGGUUUGUGGUGACGUCCUCCCGCCCAUUAUGAGGUCGACAAGUCACAGCGUAACGCUUGAGAUGGUGACAGACUACAACAUUCAGAAGGGUGGAUUCGUCGCAUGCUUCAAGAUGGUGCCGAGCCCAUGAACCACCGAGAUGCUUCCCCCGCCACUGCAAAUGGACCGAACCAAUUCAUACUUGAAGCGACCUUCCAACAACAACAGAAUGCUGACCGUAUAACACUGCUUUGGAAAUGGAAAUAUUUAAUCAAACCGCUUUGAACAACCUGAACUUAAAUGACGACAGUCAGAUAACACCUGUAUGGAUUUUGAAUUGUUUUUUUGUAACCGACUGAUCGUCUUCUGGAGAUGCUCGUUAGCAUUUCUAUGGAACAAACUUUUUUUCAUUGCAGUCAACCGUCUUUACAACGAAAAUUAUUUACCGGCGAAGAGAUAAAAGCAGAAACAAAAUGGAGGAACAUAUUUGAUUAAAAGCUUGAUUUAUUGGUCCA